AGUUGUUUCACCCAGCAGGAAAAACCACGUACUAGCCAGACCUCCCCCACUCCAUCCACUACCUAGUCAGACAGACAUGUCCCUCCGCAAGCUUAUUCCUCUCGCCGACCGCAUCCUUGUGCAGCGCAUCUUGCCAAAGACCCAGACAGCUGGCGGGGUCUUCCUCCCGGAGACCAAAUUAGACAAGCCGAAUGAAGGCAAAGUCAUUGCGGUUGGUGCAGGUGGACGCAAGGCAGACGGAACGCUGAUCCCCCCCAGCGUUAAGGAGGGGGACACAGUGCUUCUGCCUGAGUAUGGCGGCCACACAGUGAAAUUGGGGGAUGAAGAGUACCAGCUGUUUAGGGACGAGGAUCUGCUGGGAAAGUUUACGUAGAGGGGCCAGGGCGGUAAAUAAGGUGUUGAAGCUGCAUUCGGAAACAGAGUGAAGGCCUGGUUUGCACAGCGAUGGCUUCUCACAUACCGCACUAGCGGCAUGGAACGGCCUCUCUCAAGUGCGGAUAGGGGAACGACUUCAGAUAUGUAGUAUACGUUGCAUGACGGCCCCUUGACAUAAUCACCCGAAAACAAGCUCUGUGUCACUCAUUUUUUUCGAUAUUUACAUCCAGGGGUUUUCCACAUCAGGAGAUCUCCAUUUUUUUUACGUUGGGACAUUGAACAGUACCGCGUACUAUGCUUUCAGUAGAAUGCACAUCUGCAUCCUAAUAUGGAC